AUGUCUGACAGAACAAUGACACGGCAAGUACUGUUGUUUAUCUCGGCUCUCUCUCUCAGUUCAGUGCACGGGCAGGUCAGUUACUCCAUUCCCGAGGAAAUGGCGAAAGGCUCUUUAGUUGGUAACAUAGCGCAGGAUUUGGGUUUAGAUAUCAAAAGACUGAAAUCAGGUAAAGCUCGUAUUUACACUGGAGACAGCGCAGAGUACAUCGAGCUGAAUAAAGAAAGGGGAGUUCUCCUCAUCAAAGAGAGAAUAGACCGUGAAGCACUCUGCGGACAGACGACGCCUUGCGCUGUUCAUCUACAGAUUACUCUGGAAGACCCGAUUGAAUUCUACAGUGUUACAGUCGAAAUCCAUGAUAUAAAUGAUAAUGCACCAAGCUUUAAGAAGAAUGAGAUGAAAUUUAGAAUUAGUGAAUCGGCAAUGGUCGGAGCAAAAUUUGUGUUGGAAAGGGCGAUGGAUCUUGAUGUUGGUGUAAAUGGCCUACAAAGUUAUUUGUUGAAACCAACCGAUAAUUUUCUUCUGAAGUUGCAAAAUCAACCAGACGGAAGCAAAAAGGUGGAGAUGGUGCUACAGAAACCUCUAGAUAGAGAAAAACAAGAGCAUCUUUUUUUAACUCUGACAGCUAUGGAUGGCGGCGACCCGCCGCUGUCCGGGACAAUGCAGAUAGAAAUAACCGUGCUAGACGCCAACGACAACGCGCCUGUUUUUACGCAAGAAAUGUACAAGGCAACCAUUACCGAGAAUGCUCCAAAAGGCACCGUUUUGAGUACCGUUAGCGCCAGUGAUGCCGAUGACGGUUUUAAUGGUAGAAUAUCAUAUUCAAUUACCAAUACUCUAGAUGAUGUUCCAGAAAUAUUUGAAAUAAACGAAGACAGUGGUAUUGUGGUUUUAUCAGGACACAUAGACUAUGAAAAAGCUCGACAUUAUGAAAUACAUGUACAAGCUAGUGAUGACGGAGGUCUGACUGAUUCUUGUAAAAUAAAUGUUGAAGUAGUUGAUACAAAUGACAAUAAACCAUCUAUUAACAUUAUGUCGAAAACAACUGCAAUAUCUGAAAAUGCUGAACCUGGAACAGUGGUAACCAUAAUUAAUGUACAAGACCCAGACUCUGGUGAUAAUGGCAGAGUGCAGUGCUCCAUAAAUGAAAACAUUCCUUUUGCGAUGAAAUUAACAUCGAAUACUUUCUUUACUAUAGUAACAGACAGUGACUUGGACCGAGAGAGAGCCCCUGAAUAUAACAUCAGUGUGACGUGCUCUGAUGAGGGAGUGCCCUCGCUCUCCAGCAGCGUCACUCUCACCUUACAGAUAUCAGAUGUGAAUGACAACGCGCCUCUCUUUGAGAGGAGCUCAUAUGAGGCCUACAUUAUAGAAAACAACACACCGGGCCUCUCUAUAUUCACAGUGAAAGCCAGAGACGCUGACUGGAACCAGAAUGCCCGUGUUUCUUACAUACUGGAGGAGUCCUCGGUUAACGGAGUGCCCGUCUCAUCAUAUGUGUCCGUUAGUGCUGAUAGUGGAGUCGUCCAUUCAGUGCGCUCUUUUGACUACGAGCAGAUCAGGGAUUUCCAGUUCCGUGUAAAAGCGCAAGAUGGAGGCUCUCCUCCUCUCAGUAGCAAUGUGACUGUGAAAAUAAUGAUCCAGGACCAGAAUGACAACGCGCCUCAGGUUCUGUACCCAGUCCAGACUAGCAGCUCUCUGGUGGCUGAAAUGGUGCCUCGUUCAGCAGAUGUGGGCUAUCUUGUCACUAAAGUGGUGGCUGUUGAUGUGGACUCUGGACAGAAUGCCUGGCUCUCGUAUAAACUGCAGAAAGCGACAGACAGGGCGCUGUUUGAAGUGGGCUUACAGAAUGGAGAAAUAAGAACUAUACGUCAAGUCAAUGAUAAAGAUGCUGUGAAACAAAGGCUCACUGUUGUAGUGGGGGACAACGGACAGCCCUCUCGAUCAGCUACAGUCAAUGUUAACGUGGCGGUGGCGGACAGCUUCCCUGAAGUGAUCUCGGAGUUCACUGACUUUACGCACGACAAGGACUACAAUGACAACCUGACUUUUUACUUAGUCUUGGCUUUGGCUGUAGUUUCAUUUCUGUUCAUCACAUGUUUAGUGGUUAUUAUAUCAGUGAAAAUAUACAGAUGGAGACAGUCUCGCACCCUCUAUCAUUCCAAUCUCCCGGUUAUUCCGUAUUAUCCACCGCGUUACGCAGACACUUUGGGGACAGGAACUCUACAGCACGUGUACAAUUACGAGGUGUGCAGGACGACUGACUCCAGAAAGAGUGACUGUAAGUUCGUCAGACCCUGUAGUCAGAACGUACUGAUAAAGGACCCCAGUUCUACAGGGACGAUGCAGCGGAUGCAGAGCGAAAAGAACAUCCUGGAUGAACCAGACUCCCCACUAGAGGUCUGUUACCUUUAA